AUGUACACACCACCACCUCUGAUCAUCAUUUUCACGGCAGUAACCCUUUUCGCCACCGUCCGAUCCAAUCCACAUUUUCUCCGGCUACCAUCCGAUGACGUAUAUCUAUGCCCCGACACGCUAACUCCCGGAUCAUGCCCGGUGAAGUGCUUCAGAACGGCUCCCGUCUGCGGCGUGAACAAUGUUACGUAUUGGUGCGGAUGUGCGGAGGCGCUGUGUGCCGGUACACGUGUGGCCAAGCUUGGGUUUUGUAAUGGAGGCAGUGGGCCGGUAUCAGGUCAGGCGCUUCUGUUGGUUCACAUUCUUUGGCUUAUUCUUCUCGGAUUCUUCGUCUUAUUCGGCCUCCUUUGA